CUGAGAAGAUCAAGUUGAUCAGAUCACACAACAGUCACGUGUGUAUGUCUCUCUGUUUUCUUGUGACGAAGGGGCAGAUUUUCUUUUCAGCUCUUUUUUUUUUUUUUUAAACCAAGUUUCUUUUCAGAUCUUGAUCGAACAAAGAUUCGUUUUGGCUGUGGAGCUUCUCUACAAGCUUUUGCUAAAAUAAGUUUAAGAAAAUGUCGGCUUAUGCGCAUCAGAUGGAGAGGGAAUUUUCAGGUCUCUCCAGCCGAGGCAAUUCCGAGAUGGGGAGUCGCUUUUCGAUAGAAUCUGGAUGUUACAUGACAUCUUUAGCAGCUACCAUCUUUAUUGCUUCUCUUGUAACAUUCGGAGUUCUGAUGCUUACACUUCUUGUAGCUAUAUCAACCAUGUUACAGAGCUGUGAAAACCAGAAUUCUGGAGUCGUCGAGGUUCAAAGACUUGAUGACGAGAGUUUCAGUUACUGCAAAAUCUUGUCUUUACACUCGCAGCUCAAUAGAUUGGAAGAAGAAGAAGAAGACACUACUAGUAUCGAGUUACCAUUGUUAUGCAGAGAUGUUGCUUUACGCAGAAUCAAACAAGGAAUCUACUUGAGAGACUUAAACUUCACUAUCCAAAUGGCUCUCAACUAUUUCCAAACCAUUAAACCGGUGAAAGAUAACCGCGAUGUUGUUGUAAUCGAUAUCGAUGAAAUCAAUCUAUUAGAACAAGAGAGUUACAUUGAAGAAGCAAAGCACCAGAGAAGCAAACUAACACUUGGACUAUAUUAUAAGCUAAGAUCACAAGGCUAUUCAGUGAUUCUGUUUUCAAGAAGACCCGAAAGAGAGAGAAAUUCCACGGCUGAGCAGUUAAAAUCUAGAGGAUACAGAGAUUGGUCCCAUUUGGUCAUGAGGGAAGAUACAAGACAGAAGGAAGAGUUAGAAAGAGGAUACCGCGUGAUUGGAGUCAUUGGUAAUCAUAUGGAUGUGUUAAGAGGCCAGUGGAAUUGGGAAAGCAAGCGUCUGUUCAAGCUUCCAAGUCUUACCUAUAAUGAUAUUCUGGAUUACAGCGAAAGAUGAGUUCGCAGAGUUUUUGAUGUGCAGCGACUCUACUUUUCAACUUCAAAAUGUGUAUAUGUUUUCAAGAGUUCCUGUGAUAUAGUUCUAUACCACUCAAAGAUAAGGUAGACACAUUGUAAAAUUGAUCACAUUACAUGUACCAUUUGUGAUAUACCAUUCUACAUGCAA